CACAACCUCCCCCCCCCUCCCUCUCCUCACCCCCCACUUGACACCUCGCGCACGCGACUACCGUCAAGAUGGCAGCCUCCCAGGGGACCUCAUACCCCUCCCUCUUCCGCUCAGAGGAGAUGAGCCUCGUCCAGCUCUACAUCCCCUCAGAGGUGGCCCAUGACACAAUCUACGAGCUGGCCGAGAUGGGCGACUUCCAGUUCAAGGACCUCAACCCCGACCUCUCGGCCUUCCAGCGUCCGUUCACCCCGCGCCUGCGCCGUCUCGCCGAGAUGGCCCGCCGUCUGCGUCUCUUCAAGUCGUCGAUUGCCUCGCUUGACCCCCCUAUCGGCGUCACCCCGCUCGCGUCCAUCCCGCCCUUCCCCUCUGUUGGACCUCGCGCGCAGUCGGCUUUUGACGACCUUGACGAGAAGCUCAAGGAGCACGAGCGCCGCCUCGCCGAGAUGAACCGCUCGUGGGAGGAGCUCGGCAAGCGCAAGUCGGAGCUCGAGGAGAAGAAGUGGGUCCUGCGCGAGACUGCUGGCUUCUUCAACGAGGCCGAGCACCGCCACACUGAGAUCCGGUCGUCAUUCGAGGACGCCGGCGACGGCACCACGCCCCUCCUCGAGGCCGCUGCCGAGUACGGCAACCUCCCUGGCGAGUCGCUUGCCGGCUUUGACCUCGAGUUUGUUGCCGGUACGAUCGACCGCACCCGCAUGCCCACGUUUGAGCGCAUCCUCUGGCGCGUUCUCCGCGGAAACCUGUACAUGAACUACUCGGAGAUCGAGGAGCCCUUUGUCGACCCCGUUACGGGCGACAAGACGUUCAAGGACGUCUUCAUCAUCUUCGCCCACGGCGACGAGCUCCUCGCCAAGAUCCGUAAGGUCGCCGAGUCGAUGGGCGGCACCCUGUACACCAUCGACUCGCAGCCCGACAAGCGUGCCGAUGCCCUCCGCGAGACCCAGACUCGCCUCGAGGACGUCGACGCCGUGCUCUACAACGUCGGCCAGACCCGCCGUGUCGAGCUCGGCAAGAUUGCCGAGAGCCUCGAGUCGUGGCGUGAUGCCGUCCGCAAGGAGGAGGAAGUCUACAAGACCCUCAACCUCUUGUCGUACGACCAGGGCCGCAAGACGCUCGUUGCUGAGGGUUGGGUCCCCACUCGCGACAUCACCAGCAUCCAGCUCGGUCUCCGUCGUGCCACCGAGACGGCUGGCACCUCUGUCCCGCCCAUUCUUUCCGAGCUCCGCACGCACCAGAUGCCCCCGACGUUCCACCGCACCUCGGCGUUCACCGAGGGCUUCCAGUCCAUCAUCGACGCCUACGGUAUGGCCACGUACCAGGAGGUCAACCCCGGUCUCUUCACCGUCAUCACCUUCCCCUUCCUCUUCGCCGUCAUGUUCGGUGACAUUGGCCAUGGCUUCCUCACUCUGCUUGCCGGCGGUACCAUGGUCCUCUUCGACCGCAAGCUUGCCCGUGCUGGCCUCGGUGAAAUCUUUGAAAUCUUCUUCUUUGGUCGCUACAUCAUCCUCCUGAUGGGCGCCUUCUCCAUCUUCACCGGUUUCAUGUACAACGACAUCUUCUCCAAGUCGCUCCACAUCUGGCACUCUGGCUGGGAGUGGCCUGCUCACAACACGACCGUGGCCCUCACGGCCGAGAGCACUGGCCACAUCUACCCCUUCGGCCUGGACCCCAACUGGCACGGCUCGGACAACGCGCUCGUCUUCACCAACUCGUACAAGAUGAAGAUGUCCAUCAUCAUCGGUAUCGUCCACAUGACGUUCUGUCUCUUCCUCCAGAUCCCCAACCACCUUCACUUCAAGAAGCCUCUCAACAUCUACGCCGAGUUUAUCCCCCAGCUCCUCUACCUGUGGUCCAUCUUCGGUUACCUCAUCCCCUGCAUCGUCUACAAGUGGUGUGUUGACUGGUCGACCAAGGACUUCCCUGCCCCUGGACUGCUCAACAUGCUCAUCUACAUGUUCCUCAAGCCCGGCACCAUCAUGGAGGGCACCAGGCUGUACUCUGGCCAGGCGUUUGUCCAGGUGGUUCUUCUGCUCAUCGCCUUGAUCACCGUCCCAUGGAUGCUCUGCCUCAAGCCUUACAAGCUUUGGAAGGAGCACCAGAAGAUCACUGCUCAGGGCUACCAGGGUCUCUCGGCCAACGACAACGGCCGUCCUUCGACCUCGACCGAUCUUGAGGACGAGGAGGAGGGUGUCGGCCAGGCCGUUGCCGUGGACGAGGACGAGCACCCCUUCGAGAUGGGAGACAUCAUCAUCCACCAGGUCAUUCACACGAUCGAGUUCUGUCUUGGUGGUGUGUCCAACACUGCGUCGUACCUCCGUCUCUGGGCGUUGUCGCUCGCACACGCGCAGCUGUCCGAGGUGCUUUACGACAUGACGAUCUCCAACGCCUUCAAGCAGCCCGAGGAGUCUGGCCUGAUCAACGGUGUCAUCUGGACGGUCCUGAUGUUCGCCGUGUGGUUCACUCUCACGAUCUGCAUUCUGUGCGUCAUGGAGGGUCUGUCGGCCUUCCUCCACGCCAUGCGUCUCCACUGGGUCGAGGGUGCGUCCAAGCACUACAUGGCUGGAGGAUACGCCUUCACGCCUCUCACCUUUGCCGGCAUCAACGAGGACGGCGAGGUCUAAGGCCAGUACGUAUCCUGUGUUUGUGCCAAAGGCGCUUGCCACGAAAAUGCAUGCAAGAGUGAAU